AUGCUGACGAUUCUGUUGUUGGUAUUCGCACCAAAAUUAGACGUCUAUGCUGCCAACUCUUUCGGACCGCCAAAACUUCUGGAGCAACCACCGGAAGAAGUGUGGUAUCAAUUGGAUGAAAAUCUCAGCCCACAGGCCAGGCCAAUACUCAGAUGCCAUGCGUCGGACAAUGCAGAAUCGUUAGGUGUUCUCAGAUUUGUAUGGUACAAAAACGGCGAGGUGAUGGAGGUCGGCGGCGACAUCGAAUGGAUCCGCGCCGGUCAGUCCGGCACCAUCCAGUUCGUCCGUCCACGACGAAGUCAUGAAGGCUAUUACCAGUGUUUUGUUUCCAAUAUUUUCGGCACCGCUGUCUCCAACAAAGUCCAUCUAAGACUCGGAGAGUUGGAGCACUUUCCACCACGACCAGUUCGGCGGAUCGAAGUGAUGGAGGGCGAUUCGCUGACGAUCGAGUGCAUACCACCCAGAGGCACUCCACCGCCGACUUUGUUCUGGCUGUACAGGGACACUCAGCAUGGAUCAGUGAUUGAGACGAUCCGGCGCAAGCACAUCACCGUCGACGGAGACGGAAAACUACAAUUCGCAUCCGUUGAACUGGACGAUGGACGACCAAAUCUCGUCUAUGAAUGUGCAGCCGGCUCUCCAGUGCUUCAUGGCGAAUACCGCUCUGGGGACCAUGUACAGUUGGUGGUGACACCAACAGGAGGAAAUAAGACUGUGGCUGUUCACAAACUAUACGUGAGCCCUGACGAGGUGACCGUGAAGGCCGGCGCUAAACUUCGACUGAUGUGCAUCUUUGGAGGAAGGCCGCUUCCCACUGUCUACUGGUCGAAACUGGAUGGGAAUUUGCCGAAAACUCGACUGAAGGAUCUGACGUCGGUUGAGAGCGAAUUCGGGAAGGCACUGGUUGUCGAGAACGUGCAUCCGGAGGACGCUGGUCACUAUGAGUGCAGGGCCGGAGAGCUCACGCACACCGUCAACGUCCGAGUUUUAGCUGCUCCAUAUUGGGAUUUCGAUCCACCGAAGGACAUUGUGCAGUCCGAAGAGAGCACAACUGAGCUCGAAUGCCUCGCAUCAGGACGGCCGGCACCGAUCGUACGAUGGAGUAUGAACGGGAAGCCAUUGCACGAACUGGAUGAGGAUCCUCGUCGCGUUCUGUUGGACAAUGGAAGAGUGUUGAGGUUGUCGUCUCUGAACCACGAUCUUGACACUGGAGUUUAUCAGUGUAACGCCUCUAAUCCACUCGGCUACGUUUACGCCAAUGCGUUCGUCAAUGUUAAAGCACAUGCUCCAUACUUUUUGAUGCCCACACAUCGGUUAUGGAAGGCGGUGUUGAGGACGUCGGUUGCUAUGAAUUGUGAAGUGGAGGCAGCACCGGAGCCAGUCGUCAGAUGGGUGGACGCCGACGACAUCCCGUUGCGAGUCAUCGAUGGAAAAACACAGUUGUUGCGGAACAACACCUUCAUCAUACAUGACCUGAGCAGUGCAGACGAAGGGCUCUACUAUUGCAAUGUGUCGAAUAAGUACGGAAUUGGUCGUGCCACAAAUCGACUUCUAGUUUACAAACCGACAUACUUUGUGAAGAUUCCGUCACCACAGAAGCUGACAAUGGAGGCGGGUCACUCUGCGGAGUUGCACUGCGAGGCAGUUGCCGACCCUCGUUUGAGUGUUCAGUACAAAUGGACGAUUAACGGCAAGAUUAUCAACGAGAGUGACGUAUUUAGCAUUCUGCCGAAUGGUCUUCGGAUAAAUUCAGCUAGAGGACGUCAUUCCGGAGUGAUCGACUGCGCCGCCAUCACUGAUGUCGAUGUGAAGUUGGCAUCGAUGCGACUUACCGUUAAAGAUGUACCUGCACAUCCGAUUAUGGAUCCUCCGAUAUGCACUGAACGGAAAGCAGUGGUAAAAUGGCAGGCUGCCGAUGAGCAUGGUGAUCAGAUCAAGAGAUACAUCGUAGAAAUGCAGACCGACUUCAAAAAAGUGAACUACACAUUCCGUGUGAUCGCCGAGAACACUUAUGGUCGAUCCGAUCUCAACACUGCCCUCGACCAAGGCGACAUAAUGGAAACUGUUUCUUGCCAAACUCGGCCCUCAUUCCCCUACACGAAUCCAGUCGGCGUUCGAGCUGAUGGCACUGAAGCAGAUAACCUUGUUGUGUACUGGGAACCGAUGGACAAGUACUACUGGAACGCCCCCAAUCUUCAGUACUUAGUGAGAUAUAAGCUGGACGAACCACAUUUAGCCUGGACGGAGUUCAUGGUGGAGGAUCCCUUGGCGAAUCACACUAUCAUUCGUGGGCAACCGACUUUCCGAGCAUUCUUGGUACAAGUUCGAGCUGUAAACGCCAUAGGACCAAGUAUUCUGGAACCAGAGACCAUUAAAGGAUUUUCUGGAGAAGACGGUUUGCUUUCUACCAAAAUCCCGUUGAACGUUGAAGAUGUGAAAAGUCUCGGACGCGUUUCCGCUUUUGACGAUGAUGAACUGAAAGUACCAGAUUCACCACCGAACAACUUCCGAGUCGAAAAAGUGGUGAACUUCUCGUCGGUGAGCUUCUCAUGGGAACCGGUUGAUGAGCAAACUGUGAACGGCUUCUUCAGAGGCUACGAGAUCGAAUUCUGGCGUGAUGUUCUUCCAGCUCGAAAGUAUCGUGUGAUUGUGCCGUCGAAUGCAACCACAAAGCUCAUCACCAGACUUCUCGCAAAUUCCAACUACACAGCCGUGAUCAGGACGAGGAAUCGUCGCCAUGCCAGCGCACCCAGCCCGUCGGUGCACGUGACCACUUUGGAAGGAGUGCCAUCUAAAGUACACAAUCUACGAGUGUUCGCUGUUGGUGCUCAUUCUAUUCUUGUAAUGUGGGAGCCACCAAAGUAUCCAAAUGGCAAGAUCCGGGGCUAUUUCCUCUCGUUCGUCAACGAUCGCAACGAAACUGAGGAGACUUUCGUUCUCCAUCGACAGUUAUCGUAUCUGCACGAGAAGGCAGAAGCGGACACACCUUACAAGGUGUCCGUAUGGGGUGAGACGAGUGCUGGUGAAGGCGAGAGGACCAUGCGACCGGUCAGGACGUGGCCAUCCAGAAAUCCCGAUCCACCGUCGUUUCUGGUAACCAACAUCACCAUCGACAGUGUGGAUAUCGAAUGGAAACCGUCAAAUCGCAGUAUGUGGAGAAUGCCUGGAUCGUCGUUCUACGUGAACUACACGCUAGAAGAUUCCACUGAUUACCACGAAUCAACGACAGUCUAUCUACCGCAGACUCGGUUGACGAUAUCGGGUCUGCGUGAUGGUUCCAGUUACCUGCUCACUGGCGUGUCUCGUGACGGUAACCGCAUAUCGUACGGUAAAACACGCAAAGUCAUCACGAUCAGCAAAGAAGACGUCUCUCAUCUUAACCAAGAGUCGCUUCGGAAUGCGGCGUGGUUCGUCGCAGUGCUGUGCGCGGUGGCGAUCGCACUGCUGUCGAUCCUCAUCACCUGCUGCUGCGAGACGCGACGUGCUGGCCACUAUGCUGUUCGUAGAAAGGUUUGUGCAGCUCAUCAACUUAGCUAA